AUGGCUUUUCAAUUUCACACAACUACCUUUGGCCUGUUGAUGCGUCUACUUUCUCGCAAUAAAAAUUUUCAAUAUCCUGAUGAGAUCAAUCCACUACUAUGGAAGAAGUUCCUUCGCCAAGAUACAUCCGAACAUGCAAAUGACUCUGGCAGAGGUUCGCGCAAAAACGAAGCAGAUGAGCAUAGCGUUUUGCAGAAUACCGUCAUUCACGAUGGCGGCAAUGAGGUUCUCCUAGUAGAGUGGUAUGGACCAGAUGACCCCGAGAAUCCUCGAAAUUGGCCAUUGGCCUGGAAAAAUCUCAUGAUGUUUCAGCUUUGUGUCUUAAACUUUGCUGUCUAUAUGGCAAGUUCUAUCUAUGUUCCAGGUGAGCUGGGCGUCAUGGAAGACUUUGGCGUCAGCGAGAUCGUAGCAACCCUGGGCCUCUCUCUCUUCACUUUUGGAUAUGGUGUCGGCCCCAUGUUAUGGUCUCCAUUAUCUGAGAUGCCAAAAAUUGGGCGCAGCGGUAUCUUCUUCUGGACACUCUUCGCUUUUAUCCUAUUUCAGCUUCCCGUUGGAUUUGCUCCAAAUAUUGCAGUAUUUCUCGUCUUUCGCUGGGUGACGGGCUUCUGUGGUAGCCCGUGUCUAUCCACCGGUGGCGGUACUAUCCUUGAUCUAUACGACCCCUCUGUCGCCUCCUAUUUACUGUGCAUUUGGGGAACAGCUGGUCUCUGCGGCCCUGUAUUUGGUCCGAUCAUUGGCGGAUAUCUGGUCCCUGCUAAAGGAUGGCGCUGGACAAUAUGGAUAAUUACAUGGAUUUGCACGCUGGUUUUGGCUGCAAUGUUUUUCUUUUUCCCUGAAACUAGUGCAGCAAACAUACUGUACAAAAGGGCCAAAAGAUUGAGGAAGGCGACUGGGGACAGUCGACUUAGGAGCCAGUCCGAGAUUGACGCCGCGCAUUAUACCACAAGAGAUCAUCUGAUCGUCCUCGCCAGAGCUUUUACUUUGACAUUCUCUGAGCCCAUAGUUCUACUCAUGAACUUGUACGCCGGUCUCCUGUAUGGUAUACUAUUCAUCUGGUUCGAGUCAUUUCCGCUCGUGUUUGGAGAUAUUUACGGCUUCAACCAAGGCGAGCAAGGCCUGGUUUUCCUAAGCAUUUUCAUCUUUGCUCUCAUCUCAUUGGCACUCUUUUUACUAUGGAUUAGAACCAACCUCGUCCCAAAAGUCAAUAAGCCGGGCUUUACGCCAGAGAUGGUUCUUCCUCCAACUUUUUUGGGAUGUCUCGCUCUUCCAACUUGCCUAUUCUGGUUUGGCUGGACAUCACGAGCGAGUAUUCACUGGAUCGUACCCACUAUUGGAUCGGGUCUCUUCUCUAUUGGGGUUGUCACGUUGUUUAAUCCGCUCUUCAACUAUCUAGGCAUCGCAUAUCCCACAUACGCAGCAUCCAUAUUCUCGGGGUCUGCACUUUUCCGUGCCUCAUUCGGUGCCUCGUUUCCACUUUUUGCGCGCCAACUCUUUCUUCAGCUAGGUCUUGGCCCAGGUAACUCGCUUCUCGGUGGUAUCGCCGUGCUAUUUAUCCCGGUCCCCUUCAUUUUCUACAAGUUCGGGGGAAAGAUCCGUCAUAUGAGUAAGAAUGCUCGGCACGAUUUAUAA